AAUAUCUAUAGUUUAACUGCAAAAGCGACCUCGUCACGAACGUCGCGAUGUCGUUCUAAUAUUAUUUUACUAGCUACUGCCAUAGCUGUAGCCUGGGGGGUUUUUUUGUGGGAAGUGUAUGUCUUCAGCGGCCCAAAGAACUCACAUGUCGACGACCAGCUGCAUUUGCUACCACACCAUACAUUGUAUCAUGCCCAAGGGCCGCAGCAAAUGCAGAAGUUGGAUCUGAAUCACCUCACUAGACUUACACAUACGCCUAUUGUUGAUUACACACGUCGAGUCAUCAGGACAGUGCAGUACCAAGGCGAAAGACACGAAUUGACUCGCAUCGACCAAAGCCUCCUAGGCCCGUGGAUACAAGUCCAACGAACAGAGAUGUCUGCGGUAACGGUUCCACAGAUGGCACCGCUCAUCUUGAACGUACCUAUUGCUCCAGAAGCGGAUACGGGCAUAUUCUCCUUUGGUAUGGCAACGACCGUACCAAGAAUACAGGACUCGAUAUCUGGUAUCUCGCACUGGCUUUCACACUCUAAAACGCAGUUGCAUGUUCUGGCACCUGCAGAUGCCAAUGCUGCGAUUGUAGAGAUACAGAUGCGAAAAGACUAUAUGAAUGUAUCUAUUCACGCAGUAGAGGCUUCUUUUGCGCGUCGAUAUAUUUCUCUGAUUGAUAAACUAUACAAAGAGCGAAGUGCAAACACUCGCUGGCUUGUCCUAGUAGAUGAUGACACAUUCUUCCCCUCUCUAGCCUCACUUGCAUCCCAUUUCACCCAAAAUUACGACUCGGAUAUCCCGGUCAUAGUGGGGGCUAUGUCGGACGAUCUACGUGUCAUCGAAAUGUACGGAAUGUCUGCUUCGGGAGGCGGGGGGGUUUUUAUAUCUAUUCCUCUGGCGGAAAAAUUACUACAACAGCGGGUGUGGAGUAAAUGCCUAGCACUCCCAAACAACGAGGGAGAUGAGCUCCUCGACAAUUGCCUGAAUAAAUACACACAAAUAAGGCCCAUUUUUGAUCAUAUGCUGCAUCAAAUGGAUAUAUACAAUGGGGAAGGCUCUUCGCCCGAAGCAGGGUAUCUGGAAAGUGGUAGAAAGCUACUGAGCAUUCAUCAUUGGAAAACAUGGUACGACUUCAAUGUAUCGCUUGGAGCUGCUGUGGCCGUCGCGACCGGUGACGAGGCAAUAUUUCAACGAUGGCUCUUCGAGGGGGACACAGUCCUUUCCAAUGGCUAUUCUGUUGUUGAAUAUCCACGAGUGGGCGAUUAUGGUGGUAUUACCGAGGAAGAGCUUGGUGAAGUAGAAUAUACUUGGAACGAAGGUGAUCCAGAGGAACUCUGGCGUUAUGUGCAUAUGAUGGGACCACUAAGGCCUCGAAAAACAACGGAGAAGAAAAGAAGCGCCAGACUGGUUGACGCUGUAGAGGUUGUCACGAUGGAAGGUCGGGCGAUACGACAGACGUACAUGGAGAAAUCACAGAUCAGUACUGCGUUCAGGCCACGGGAAAGGAUUGUGGAAUUAAUUUGGCUGUUUUAA